AGAAGAGAGGAGUGAUGAUCACUCUGUGCCAGAGAUAUUCGCCUAGCAUUUGAGCUCCUUGGCUUGGCGUUAUAAAUAGAUGUCAAAUCUACCAUCUUAGCACACCACAAAAUCAACUCCUCUUCUUUGCAAAUUGCAAACCUACUCUCUCUCUCAAAAAGUGAAAAGAGAAAAAGAUGUGCUUGACAAGAGAUUUUGAGGUGAAGGUGUGCAAAAGUGAGGUGGUGGCGGCGGCGCUGCCAAUGCAGGAGCACUGGCUGCCGCUGUCCAACCUGGACCUGCUCUUGCCGCCGGUCGACUUCGGCGUCUUCUUCUGCUACCUUCACAAGGAAACGGAACAGCCUUUUGCGCAGAUAGUUGGCGCGCUGAAGAAGGCUUUGGCGCAAACUUUGGUUUCCUAUUACGCAUUCGCCGGCGUGCUGGUCAGGAACGGCGCCGGCGAGCCGGAGCUUCUCUGCAACAACAGCGGCGUCGAUUUUGUCGAGGCCGUUUCCGACGCUGGACUCGAGGAUCUUAAUCUGUAUAAUCCUGAUGACUGCGUUGCCGGCAAGCUCGUGCCGCACAAAAAGCGCGGCGUUCUUGCCGUUCAGGUGACCCAACUCAAACGCGGCGGAAUAGUGGUGGCGUGCUCCGUCAGUCAUCAGGUGGCGGACGCCUACUCCGCCAACAUGUUCCUCGUUUCGUGGGCGGAGAUGGCGCGUUCCAAGCAACUCAGUCAGCCGCCUUCCUUCCGCCGCUCCCUCCUCCUCCCCCGACGGCCCGGCAGCUACGACGCCUCCGUCGACAACAUGUUCGUCACCAUGUCCACCCUUCCGCCGCCGCACGAAGACGACGGCGAAGCGGCGAUCAGCCGGAUAUACUACAUCAAGGCCGACCGCAUCAGAGAGCUCCAAGAAGAGGCCAACGUCGGGAACUCCAAAGACAAUCGAAGAACUAAGCUCGAGGCCUUCUCCGCAUUCCUCUGGAGAACGAUUAUUUCCGGCGAAGAUUCCGGCGGGGAUAGCGUUUGCCGGCUGGGGAUCGUUGUCGACGGGAGGAGCCGAUUGAUCGACCGCGAUGAGGAGCAAGCGAAGCUCAUCGCUCCGUAUUUCGGCAAUGUUUUAUCGAUUCCAUUUGGGGAGAAGAAAAUGAAGGAGUUGAAGGAGAAAGAGUUGAAUUGGGUGGCGAGUGAGGUCCACGCGUUCUUGGGGGUGGCGGCGGCGAAGGAGCAUUUUCUAGGGUUGAUAGAUUGGGUGGAGGAGCGCCGGCCCGAGAUGGCGCUGGCAAAGAUAUACGCGGCGACGGUGACGGAGGAGGAGCCCGCGGUGGUGGUGUCGUCGGGGCAGAUGUUCCCCGUGAAAAAAAUGAACUUUGGGUGGGGUCGGCCGAUCUUUGGAUCGUACGAUUUCCCGUGGGGCGGGAAAUCGGGAUACGUGAUGCCGAUGCCGAGCGUCAAGGACGACGGAGAUUGGAUAGUUUAUAUGCAUCUCUUGAGAGGCCAAUUGGAGUUGAUUGAGAGGAAUGCAUCUCAUGUGUUCAAUCCUCUCACAUCUCAAUAUAUUCUUUCUAACGUUUGAUUUUGCUUAUUAACUACCCAUCCUCACGUGGGAUGCACGCCACCACUUUCAUAUAUACCAAUAAUCCAAGGUUGGAUGAUCAAUAAACUCAUGAUCAUAUUUGUCAAAUUUUUGUCAAAUUUUCAUGUAUUGUGUAUUAUCAAUCAAGUGAUUAUUAUAAUGGUUAUCUUAUUUCUCA